AUGUAUAAUGAUAUCACCUCCAUUGUGCAACUUGAUUUUGAAACACUGUAUAAGGCUUGGGACAACUAUAAGGAUUUGCUAAGGAGAAGUCCUCACCAUGGGUUAGCUAAAUGGCUGCAAAUUCAAACAUUUUGUAAUGGUUUAGUAGGACUAAUUAGAAUAACAAUUGAUGUUGCAACUAGAGGUGCACUAAUGAGUAAAUCCAUUGAUGAGGCUUAUGACUUGUUAGAGGAGAUAGCUUCCAACAAUUAUCAGUGGCCAUCAAAGAGAUUGGGGGCCACCCUCAAAGCACAGAGUCAUGAUGACCCUUAUCAGUCUGGGAUUGCUAAGGUUGCAUAUGAGGUUGUGCUAUCAAAGGUUAUGUGGUUAAGGCUUCCACAGUUUUUGAGAUUUGAUGCGACGAAGGAUGCUCAGAAGUUCUUAGAUAAGAUGACGAUGAUAUAUAAUGCCUUCAGUUGCACUAGUACCAAAUCAGUUCAGUUUGCCAUUUUCAAACUCGAUAAGGUAGCUCGAUGGUGGUAUAAGAUGUUAUGUUGUGAUAAAGCAACCGAUGCUACUCUGAUGAGUUGGGAGGAGUUUAGCACAAUGUUCUUAGAGUGCCUCCUGCCAAAUAGUAUUCGAAAGGCUAAAGGACACGAGUUUGAGACUUUACUGUACACAGUAAACAUGUUAGUGGUCGAGUACAAUGUCACACCAUAUAAGUUCCCUAACUACUCUAAAGCGGUGAAUUGUUCUCAAAAGUUUAAGCUUAAGGAUAUGAAAGGUCAAUUAAAUGAACCUAAGCUCAAAAGGGCCAAGAUUGGAGGCUGUAGAGGCCAUAGAGAUUCAUUAAGCCGUUAG